CUUCCGGUUCACUUGACGCAACGUUUGGGUACCACCCUGGAUUCGCAGUCUUUUCAUGGACUCUUCUUCCAACAGAAUGCGCUACUUCAGAACGUACUCGCGGAAAAAGAACCUAAAUGUCACUCAAGAUCUUCACCCUGAGAAGCACGUCCCCUCCCCCCACGUUAAACAGGAGAUGGAGAUGCCGUACAUCAAACAGGAGACGGCGAUGCCUUACAUCAAACAGGAGACGGAGAUGCCUUACAUCAAACAGGAGUCGGAGAUGCCUUACAUCAAACAGGAGGCGGAGAUGCCUUACAUCAAACAGGAGGCGGAGCCAGAGAUCCCCAUCAUUAAAGAAGAAGAAGAGGAAAAUGAAAUCACCACGUUUCCAAUGACCGCCAGUGUGAAGAGCGAAGAAGAUGACGGUCCAAGCGAAGAGAGCGGAGCAGCAAAACCUUUGAGCGACGGCUCGUUUCAACACCGGACAAUAAAAGGUGAGGGACAUUCGCAAACAGACAGCCUUUUAGCUCCGCUCUCGGACAGCGACGACGUAACAUCCCACUCUUCUGACUUCAACACGGAUGAUGAGGAGGAGGAGGAGGAGGAGGAGGAAGAAGAAGAUGAUGACUAUGACCCAAAGUCUUUGAAGUCCUUAAACAAGUCAUCAUUGAAAAGUGACCCAAAAAAAACCACGGCUGGGAAGCCUUUGACAUGUCCGUUUUGCAAUAAAAGAUUUCCUUCAAAGCACCCCUUAGAUAUACACAUACGAACGCACACCGGGGAGAAACCUUUCGCCUGCUCUCUUUGUGACAAAAGAUACUCCCAGAAGAGUCAGUUGACGAGACACACGCGAACACACAAUAAGGAUAAGCCUUUUCCCUGCUCAGUUUGUGGUAAAAGAUUCUUUCAGCCGGGAGAUUUAGAAUCGCACACAAGAAUACACACUGGGGAAAAACGUUUCGCUUGCGACUAUUGCGGUCAAAGAUUUUCUUGGAGUGGGCAGUUAAAAAUGCACGUCAGAAAACACACUGGGGAAAAACCUUAUUCCUGCUCAAUUUGCCGUAAAAGGUUCUAUCAGAAGGGAUACUUAGCAUUGCACGCAAGAACACACACCGACGAGAAACCUUUCCCUUGCACGAUUUGCGGUAAAAGAUUUAACUGGAGUCAACAAUUAAAAAUACACAUAAGAAUACACACCGGAGAGAAACCUUACACUUGCGAUGUUUGCGGAAAUACCUUCUCUGCAAAGGGGAACCAUAAGAGACACAUAAAAAUCCACGCUAAUCCUUAUAUCUGAGCGGUUUGCUGUAGGGUGGGAACCUCUUAGUACCUCACGUUACAUUACGAUUUGCAAUACAAAGCUCAUGAUAAUGAUGAUCUCAGAUAUGGCGAUUUAUCGAUAAAUUGGUCAGAAACUCAUUCUAGGACAUUCUAAAAAAACAAAUAAAAAAAACAAAAAACAUCUUCAUCCUUCUGCUGUAGGUUUAUCACUAGUAGAUCCCCAAUCCAUUUGAAUGAGAGUGGCAGUGAAUUAAUCCCUCCCACUUCAAACGGGCCCCUACCACUUCUACAGCCAUCAGUGGCAGCAAAUGCCAGGCAAGGAGGCACCGUAUUUUCCACACUAUAAGGUGUAUCGUAAUAUAAGGCACACCUUCAAUGAAUGGCCUAUUUGAAAACUGUUUUUAUAUAUAGGGUACACUGCAUUAUAAAGCGCUGUAGUAGUAGUUGUUGGGGUUUCAUUAUGCAUCCACUAGAUGUAGCUGCGUUAGAGGGAAUGUCAUGCCAUGAUUAAUCCAUAUAUAAGGCACAUCAGAUUAUAAGGCCCACUGUGGGCUCUUGAGAAAAUUGAAGGCUUUUAGAGUCACCUUAUAGUGUGGAGAAUAUGGUAAUUUUGGGCCAUUUCAGGUCAUUGCCUGUUGGGGUUGUUACUUCCUGUUGAUUUUGGUGCAUUUUAGGGUCACUUCCUGUUCUGUAACCCAAAUUCUCCAGUUCUGUAACCCACAUUGAACAGGAAGCGACCUGGAAAUCUCCCCAAUGUAUAGGCAGUGACUCAAAUUCAACAGGAAUUGACCUGUAAAUGUCCUAAAAUGAACAGAAAGUGACCUGUAAAUGCCCCAAAAAAUCAGAAGGAGUGACCUCGAAUUGAUUGGAUUGCCGUCAGUGACAGCCAUAGAGUUAAUUGAGACACUAUUAUGGUGGAAGAUUUUGGUAGCAAGUUUUUGAUUCCUCUUUUACAUUGACACCUUUUGAAUACGAUGUCUCAAUUGUUAGCAUGAGUGUAUCGAUAACCUUUUAAGAUGCAAUGUAUCACGAUAUAUGACCAUUUCGAUAUUUUGUCACACCCGUAAUUUGCGGUAAAAGAUUCCCAAGAGACGUUUAGAAUCGCACACAAGCGACUUUUGAAAAAGUAUCGAAAUGAUUUUGCAGGCCCUGUUCUUUUUCAGAACUAUCCAAUAUUCUGAUUUUUGUGUGUUUUCAUGUUGAUUGGAUUAAUUAGGCUACAUCUUUUCUGUUGAUGUUGUUCCAUAACUUGUUACCUUUAGCUAUUUUACUGCUUUUUGCCAUUUUACCGCUGUAUUUUGGCAUUUGAAAUGCCGUAUUUUCACGACCAUAAGGCGCUUUGUAUUAAACGGCCCAAUCUCAGUUCUGUAUUGAACACAUACAUACAUAAGGCGAUCCGUAUUACUGGGCGCAUCAUACAGUAGCAUGCAUGUACACUAAAACAUAAUAUGCUAACAUGCAACAUACACUAGCUUGCACACCAGUGUUGUUUUUGGCAGCCCUUUUAUUUUUUUGUCUGUUUUAGUCUGUUGGAUGAUAAUACUUAUUAGUCAUAUUUUAGUCAUCUCAAAAUGUAUUUGUCUUCAUCUAAUUUUUGUUGAUCAAAACUCAAGACUAUUCGUGUAGUUUUAGUCGACAUUGGCUAAAAAUGUUUUUGUCUGUAAAGGUGCGCCGCAUUACAAGUCUAUUUUGGAGAAAAUUUUAAGACUUUUAAGUUCGCCUUGUAAUCGUGAAAACACGGCACUUACCCUUCCCUUUGUUGCUGUUUGUUGAAUUUCCAACUUUAUUUGAAUAGUUCCAGGGAAAAUGGCUUUAUUGUGCUUUGUAAUAUUUUGAAAUUUGCUUCAUAACAGAAUUAC